AUGUCUGAUGGAAGCCAAACGCAAGACCCGAGAAGACCGAGCGCGCGAACUAUUGACAGCAACUCGUCCCUCCGGCAUCAGCUCCACGCGAUCGAGUCCCACGGUACAGGGAAACACAGGAAGCCUUAUCCACUACGACGGAUGGCUUCGAGUUCGCAAACGCCGCACAAGGGCCAAGAGUUUUCGGCCGAUGAUCUGAGCAGUGAGGUAGAUGAGGAUUUGGCGCACCGAGCAAAGACCGUCUCUGGUCACGGCUCUUUGCGAAAACAACCUUCCAGCUUGUGUCGCAGGUCAACAGCUCUUGUGUCCAAUCUCGCAAAGGUAACUGAUGCUCCCCGCGCGGAAGACGAUGGGGAUGCCACGCAGGAGGUUGCAGCUGGCGCACCAACGGAUGCGGAGGACCAUGCGCCUUCCUCGGAAGAGGACGAAGAAAUUCAUUCUCCGGAUACUGGAGAAGAAGAGGAAGAAGCCGACCUCAGCGACGCGGAAAGCUUCACUCUCAAGGACCGCCAAGAGGCCAUCAACGAAACACAUCCCUUUGGUAUUCGAAUCUGGAAACCUGCACUCUAUAAGAAAAACCGGUCUGUGCAAAAGACGGCCGAGGGUGAUAUUCAUUCAUCCCCUGGUGGCCGUGCUGGCCAUUGGAUAUGGCUCUUUAACAUCUUCUGGACGCUCGCCUUUGGCUGGUGGCUGGCCAUAGUAAGCGCGUUCGGUGCAGCUGUGUGCUUUGUAUUUGGAUUUUCACACAGCGGUUUCGAGUAUGGGCGAGUGCUCUGGGGCCUAGCUGGCUACCUCUUUUGGCCCUUUGGCAAAUUUGUGAAGCUGCACCAAGACGAAGCUUACGCCGAUGAAGACGAGGGCGAAGGGAGGAGCAUCAGCGAAUAUGAGCAAUGGCAAAGCGGUGAUUUAGAGCAUGGAAGAUUAUUCUUUGGACCCUCUGCAAGUCGUUCUCUCGUCGGACGCAGAAGAAAUAGUAUCGAAUCCUCGAGCGAGACGGACAGUCUACUGGGACGAUCUCGUACUGCUCGUCUCAAUGAACGUCAAGGGAGUAAAGGCAAGCGACGACUGUUUGGACGUGGCCAAUGGAACAUUGGUCGUAUCAUUUUCUUUAUUUUCUUCUACGGCCUGAUCACUCCACUUUUACUGCUCGUAUCUGCGGCAUGCUGGCUUCUGGUAUUCUGGAUACCAAUGGGAAGAGUGACGCUGCUGCUCUUCCGCCAUUUGAGACGGCAUCCACUUGCCCUGUCUUUCCAUUCCGAUCACACGUAUUCACGGACUCCUGGUGAUGCGUCCUCCGUGUUGUUGUGCACCUACCGUGCAGCAGGCCUCAAAUACUGGAAGUAUACCGUGGACGGGACUAAUAUUUUCUUCAUCAAUCUCAUCGCAGUGGUUCUGUUUGUCAUUUUUGAUUACUGGGUCUUCGAUGUUGCUCUCGGAUUAGAUAUAUUCUUGACACAUUCGGCCUUUGUGUUCAUCCUUGCAUUGCUCUCUAUUAUCCCCCUGGCUUAUUUCAUUGGACAAGCCGUUGCGUCGAUUUCGGCACAAUCAUCCAUGGGAGUCGGAGCUGCCAUCAACGCCUUCUUCUCGACGAUCGUCGAGGUCUUCCUGUACUGUGUAGCCCUGAGGCAGGGUAAAGCACAGCUUGUCGAAGGAAGCAUUAUCGGAAGCAUUUUUGCUGGUAUCUUGUUUUUACCAGGCUUAUCCAUGUGCUUUGGCGCCAUCAAAAGGAAAACGCAGCGAUUCAACGUAAGAUCAGCUGGAGUUACUUCAACUAUGCUUUUAUUUGCUGUCAUUGCAGCAUUUGGCCCUACGUUGUUCUAUCAAAUUUACGGAACACACCAGCUAAAUUGCCGUUCAUGCGUCGACAGCGACCCGAGCACUCAAAUCAAAGACUGCCGAAGGUGCUUCUUUUCUCAAGUCCCCGCAAAGAAAGACCGGUUUUUCGUUGAAGCUGUUCGUCCCUAUUGCUGGUUUUCCGCUGUUUGCUUGUUCUUGUCCUACGUGAUUGGGCUUCUUUUCACUUUGAGGACCCAUGCCGCCGUUAUCUGGAGUACUGAUGCGGACGAGAAGAAGCUCGAGCAGUCCGGAUCACAAGAGCAAGGCGACUCACAACACGACUACCGUGCUGCAGCCGUUAAUGGCACGCCGAAACUCCAGCCCGGUCAGAGUUACAUAGGCUCCACUCCUCGGUCGGCAAUCAAAGACUCGCAACUGUACAAGCGAAUCUUGGGCCAAUCUUUGAAGCAGGCAGGCCUGUCGCCUCUAAAUCAGCCAAUGGAAGAGUCGGUCAUGAGCUCGGCUUCCAUGUCGGCGGCCGAUUCAUUGCAUAUGCCACCACCGAAAAUGAGCGAAGAUGACACCCAGAUGGGUGAUGCUCCGCCAAGCCAUGGGGCAGCAACCGUUCGAUUCCGAGGCCUCUCGGAUGAGGAGAACCAAAACUUUGUGCGACAAGUGGCGGAAAUGGCAGCCACAGCUGCUACUGUCGCUGCCCGUGAUGUUGUGCGAAACCCCCGAAGAGUUUCCGGCAUAGCCCAUUCUACCCCAUCGAAGCAUGAAAGACCGACACCAUCUCGAGCCGGCACCUUUCAAGAGGAGCACCCUGAAGCCGCCGUCGUAGAAGGUACCGCAGUGACUGGUGGUCACGACGCCCCCAAUUGGAGCCGAACGAAGAGUUCGGUGAUUUUACUUGGCGCAACUGUCCUUUAUGCCAUUAUUGCCGAGAUUCUCGUUGACACUGUCGAUGUUGUGCUUGAGAGCGUCGAGAUUGACGAAAAGUUUCUGGGCAUCACCUUGUUUGCACUGGUUCCUAAUACGACUGAAUUUCUAAACGCCAUCUCGUUCGCCAUGAAUGGAAAUAUUGCUCUUUCUAUGGAAAUCGGAUCAGCUUAUGCCUUACAAGUCUGUCUGUUGCAAAUUCCAGCUCUUGUCCUUUUCAGCGCCGUACAUGAACAGUUCCUUUCUCCACACGAUGUUGUCAGUCAUACAUUUAGCCUCAUCUUCCCUCAAUGGGACAUGGUCACCGUUAUCCUCUGCGUGUUCCUCCUCAGCUACAUGUACGGCGAAGGCAAAAGUAAUUACUUCAAGGGCAGCAUCCUCAUCCUAAGCUACCUCGUCGUCACCAUCGGCUUUUACUUCUCCGGCAUGACCGACAUGGAUAUCAUGGGCGUCAACCGAUUCGAUACCCUUGCCCUGGGUACCUCCCCCUUUCCCAUGUCCACGCUGGAAACGGAGACUUUUAAGACUAUUGGCAGAGGAAGAAGCGGACUGGCUUAUUGA